CGGAACGCGACCGUGUCCAGUUGUGACCGAGACCCUUCGCCACUCCUCUCCCUAACCUGGGCCGACCCAAAGGGCCAGCAGCCCAGCAGCCUCUUCUCCGCCGCCACCUCGCCGGCCGCCGCACCCGAGAAGGAAGGAGGGAGCUCGCCGACGCUGAGGAGUAGCAGGAGGAGAAGAUGGUGAGCUCUUCGUCGCCGGUGGUGAACGUGUACCCGCUCGCCAACUACACGUUCGGCACCAAGGAGCCCAAGAUGGAGAAGGACACCUCCGUCGCCGACCGCCUUGCCCGCAUGAAGGUCAACUACAUGAAAGAAGGAAUGCGCACAAGUGUCGAAGCAAUCCUUUUGGUGCAAGAGCACAACCACCCCCACAUACUGCUCCUGCAAAUUGGAAAUACAUUUUGCAAGCUUCCUGGUGGCCGGUUGAAGCCUGGAGAAAAUGAAAUUGAGGGUCUGAAGAGAAAGUUGUGCAGCAAACUUGCAGUGAACUCGCCUUCCUUUCCGCCUAACUGGCAGGUUGGAGAGUGUGUUGCUGUGUGGUGGAGGCCGAACUUUGAGACUGUGAUGUAUCCUUACUGCCCUCCACAUAUCACCAAGCCUAAGGAGUGCAAGAAGCUUUUCAUUGUUCACCUAUCUGAAAGAGAAUAUUUUGCUGUCCCAAGGAACUUGAAGCUGCUUGCUGUUCCACUGUUUGAACUCUAUGAUAAUGUUCAGCGAUACGGGCCUGUCAUCUCCACCAUCCCGCAGCAGCUUUCUAGGUUCCAGUUCAACAUGGUUAGCUCGUGAGGAUGAUGAGACAGGAAGAUUAGUGUGGCCAAGGCUCUUCUGUGGACUUAGGUUUGGAUGGAUCUUUGACGUGCUGAACCAGCUGAUCAACCUAGCAAGACUGAUUUUAUUUCAUCAUCCGGAUUUUAUGAAUUAUGCAUAUUAGACUGUAUCUAGACUUGCAUUUCGACUGUAUUUUGUUGGAUCAUUGUGUUGUUGCAGCACAAGCUGGUGCAUGAUGUAUUUUAGAUGAUUGUUUAUUGCUCUGCCGUGCUAAUUGUUCCAUGUACAUGUACGUCUGGAUGCUUCUGCCAUUUCGGGGUAUGUUGUAACUCCAGUUCUUCAGGCAGCCAUUUUUUUUUUCUAGAAGAACUGCAGUGUUUUUGGCAGGGAGCACCCCUUGUGAACUGUAAACAUGCAUAUUAGAGAGAGAGAGAGAGAGUACACAUGGAUGAAUGUCUUGAAAUACCUAGCGUUUUAAUCGCAUUAUCAUAUUAAGUA